AAGUUUGGCCCAAGGUUCUAGUCGCGGGGUUGAUUGGCAUAUCGUUUGCCCAGCCCCGUACAUGGGAAAGAAGAGAAAAAAGGACAGCGACAGCGACGAGGACAGUGACAAGAAGAAGAAGAAAGACUCGAAGAAAAAGAAAAAAGACGACAAGAAGAAGGGCAAGAAAGACAAGACGAAGAAGAAGAAAUCCAAAAAGCAAGAGUCCAGCGGCAGCUCCAGCUCUUCGGGGGAGGCGAAGAAGGGAGAUGAUGCAGGCCAGGAGCAUGAGAACUGUACACCACGACCCACCGAAGCGUCAGGGGGGCCACGUGGAGCCCAAAUCCUGGCGGAUGUGGACUCCAGGCCCGGCAGGAGCUUGGGCCCAUUUCGACCCGAUGCGCUUCGAUGUCGGGCUCCUUCUGGCUCGAUCCGACGCGGUUUCGAUGCUCCGACCAUCCAAUGCGGCCACAUGCGUGCGUCUCGCUGUCGUGGGUCUCGGCGCGGCCCAUGCGGGGCUCGAUUACGCUUUCCUGAUCCUGGGAGCUGCUAUCCACCAUAGUGGUUAUGGGCCAGAGCCCUUGUGGUGGUGCACAGUGCUCCUUCUCGCCCGAAGAGGGGGUGUGGUUCCCGCGGACAUGCUGACCGCUCUCGAGGAGAUGGUCAAGGAGGGAAGUGGCCAAACCCGCUCCCCCAGGAGGGAAUCCAGAGAUUCCAGUUCACCGUCGAGGACAUCGGGACGCGGGGCCGCUGGGCCUGCGGUUCUCGGGCGGCUCCCCGCCGCUCAUCCUCGCGGUGAAGCCGGGCACGCCGGCCGCAAGCAAGCGGGUGCCCGAGAACUUCGAGGUGCACGCGGUCAACGGCCUCGCGCUCGUGCCGGACAACCAGGAGAGAAGGUCAUGGGCGGCCUGAAGUCGCGGCCAGUGGUCCUGGACGUCCGCCCCGUGGGCUGGGUCCCCUCGGAGAAGCGCAGGGAGCGCGAGAAGAGGAAGAUUCUGGAGGAGGCGGAGACCAAGGCGAGAAUCGAGGAGGAGGAGCGCCGCAGGGAGCAGGUGGCCCGCGAGGCCGAGGAGCAGCGCGAGAGGGAUCAGGCUGAGCGAGCCCUGCGCCAGGAGAGCAUGACCGCCAGGAGGCGGAGGCGCUCCGGCAGAAGGCGCUGGAGGCGAAGGCGAAGCAGAGGGCGAAGGACGAGGAGUUCGAGCGCACGCUGCUGUCGGAGCCCGAGCCCCUGCGCAAGGCGGCCGCGCAGCUCAUGGAGGCGGCGUACGGCUCGCCCGUGCAGCUCGAGGGCACCGGCAGGUCCCGCGGGCUGCCGCUGCGGCUGUUCACCCGGCGCAAGGAUCCGAGGUGGGGGUUCAUCCUCACCCACCGCCCGGGGGAUCGAUCCUCGCGGACCUCCACGGGCGGUGGAUGUGGAUGUAUGCGGGCCCUCGGGGGGCCACAAGAUGUCCAUACCCACCGCCCGCUGGGGCAACAGGACGUCGGUCCCAGGCGGCGGAUAACGAACAAUUCCCGCCUCGCAGAGGAGGUCGCGUGGCUCUGGGCCGGCGCCGCCCAGGAGCUCAUAGGCCGCGGGGGCGGGGGUCAGAGGCUCGGAGUGAGCAGGGACCGACCGUCCCGGCAUAUCUGUAGAGCCACCACGACAUGUUCUCCGAAC